AUGACGCCGGGUUCUCCAGAUGAAGCCCUUCACUUUCGAGGCAAAACUCUGACUCCAGAGAGCCCUCGUCCGCUUCACGUCGCGGAACCGACCAAGAUCCCUGUGCUGCAGAACCAAAUGGACCCAGUGUUCAAUGAUACGUCGACUUAUUUUGACACGCCCCUGUCAGACCUGGAAAAUGGUUCGGAGAAUGUGACGAGGCAUCAGGCGCCCAUACAGGGGUUGGACCAUCAUCACUAUCAACAAUACCAACAACCACCACCGUCGACACAAACACAAGGUAGCUUUCACACUGGUUCUUUGCAGGCGGAUGAUCGAUCAAUGGACAAGAAAAAUGAGACUUCACUUUCUGCGGGGACAGCAACUGCUAAGCCUUCCCUUCCAUCAGAUCAGUCUGCAGUAGCAGACGAGGAGUCCUCUACUGCGCCGGGCAUAGCAGCGAACUCAUCUCUAACUGUUCUUCCUUCAUCAGAUCCCGCUGCCCCUCUAGCUCACCCUAACCCCGAUGUCCCUUCCUCUUCCUCCUCACAGGCUGCCCAGAUCCUGCCCGUCGCGAACGAGGUAAAUCACGCCGUCGCCAGCUGGACCGCGCAGUCGGCGCAGCAUGAUCGCUUAGAUUCCCAAGCAAAAUCCGAAGAUAAUACUGGUGAGGGUGGUGUGGACUUCCAAAACCUGCUCGAUAACCUUCCUCCUCCCUCUACUGCUGCUCCAUUUGCCCCCCUGCCCUCGGAGACGGCCCCUUCGUCUGCGGACGACGUCUCUGAAGCUCCUCAAGGCCUUCCCCCUCGUCCCCCACCCCAGGAGAAGCCCACCAUUCAUCCUAAUUACCAUCCUAGCGAUGAUAUCCGUUCGUAUCAUCAACUCCACCCUCACCCUCCCAGCACAUCUACCACCUACCCUUCCCAGCAAAGUAAUUAUCAGUCCAACUUAGGGCUGCCUUCCUUGGCUGCUUCUGGCGCUCCCGGAACCGCGUCGGGCGCCAGCUCAUUGCCUCCACCCCCUGGUCCCAGCUUCCAGCAACCGCCCCCCUCUACCGCAGAAUCGUCUCAGGAGCCCCCUGCAACUGCGACUUCUCAGAAUGGUCGCGUCGAGAAGCCCGUUGGUCGAGUGAUCAGACCCGGGGACGAAGAUGUUCCGUGGGGUCCAGACGUACAGAAGAAAUAUGAUCAAUUCCUGCAUGAUGAGAGAGUGUACGUAACGGAGGGACUCUGGGAUCGCUUCCCAGCGGGGUCCCGGUUGUUCGUGGGUAAUCUGCCAACGGAGAGAGUCACAAAACGAGAUUUGUUUCAUAUCUUUCACCAAUACGGCAAACUAGCCCAGAUAUCGAUCAAGCAAGCCUACGGUUUCAUCCAAUUUGUCGAAGCCUCCGCCUGCAAGCAUGCGCUCGAUUGUGAACAAGGAGCUACCUUGAGAUUUCAAAACCGCAGAGGAAUACUCGGGCAGGCCCCGCGCCACCCGAACCUUCUCGCGGUCCUCCACCUCGACGGUCCAGGUCGCCGGAAUACAGCAGAGGCGGUCCUCCCAGCAGCCGUAAUCCGAGGGGAUCAGGAGAUCGCUAUGAUCGGCCUUACGAGUCAGGCAGAGUCCCGUUUAGUGACUUUAGAGAUGAGCCGAGCCACCGCAGACGCGACGAUUAUCGACCUCCUCCACGAUCACCGUCCCCUCGUCCGUUCCGUGGAAGAGAUGGGUACAGAUCCCGGGAUAGAACUCCUGAACGAUACGAUCGACGCGAGAGACGCCGUUCUCGGUCACCUGCCCAGGAGAGCCCCAAGAGAUGUCCCGGACGUGCAGAUUUUGGUUCUUGAAGAAGUUGAUCGUAACUUCAUCUUCCACGUGGAGAAUGCCUUCCGCAAUCGAGGUCUUCGGGUCGAUGUCCUGGUGUUAGGUCCUCGCAUACCACUGAACGCGGCAGUUCAGCGGCAGAUUAAAGAAGGGGUUCUUGCUGUUGUGAGGCUGUCUCGUCCGAACCAAUUUUCAAGGAAGAUACCGUUGCAGGUGUUCGACCGCAGUGCUGGGUCAGACAAUGUUCGUUUCAAUGAAUAUCCAGAAGUCGAGCCCAACAUCGCCGCUGAGAUCGUCUUUCAUGCCCAAGCCAUGCAACGCGGUGCUCCUUCACUUCCUUUCCCAACCAACCCCGCGUUCGCCGUGUCGACACUUCCCACAGCGCCCAUUCCUCAGGCACCAUUGCCGGCACUUUCUAGUUCUUCCAAUGUCGCGAAUAUGAUUUCGUCUCUUGAUGGGCCUACCCUUCAGUCUCUCUUGAGUACACUACAGCAGCGACAGCAACAACCUAUCCCCACUGCACAACCCUUUACGGCUGCCAGCAUGCCUCAUACCACUGCAGAUCUCGCAAGCCUUUUGAGCGGAGUCACGCGGCCAUCGAUUCCUACGAAUCCUCAACAACACCUGCCUCCGCAAUACUCGGUCCCAGCUACCAAUGCUCCGGUGAUUCCAGAUCCCAAUCUGAUCUCAUUGCUUGCUAAGGGCCUGGGUGGACAGCAGCAACCACAGCAGCAGAACUUGGCGGGUAUGAGUCCUCACGUUCAAAACAUUAUGAAUCAGUUAAGCAAGUGGAAACAAUGA